AUGAAUGCGAUUAUUUCACUCUGCCAUUUCUGUGAGAAACAUGGGCCAAGUGUUCUAUUCUGCACUCAAGCAUUCCAUUCACAUGAUCCUCACAAUGACAAAGAGGACGUGUCAUCUAAAGAAGGACAGUCAUACUACUCAAGGUGUCGCAGGCUGAAGUCACCAUUCCAGGGUACAGGUGAUCAAACACCAACUGGAGAUCUCACACCUGGAACUCCAACAAGCUUGCCUGCUAGAUUCAAGUCAUCAGACCUAUGCGAAGCAUGUAGGUCAUUGUUGCCUGGCCAACCUGGGUUUAUAAGCAAUGAUCACGAGGCUAAGGUCAGCUAUGUAAGCAGUCAGCACCCAGACCAUCCUGAAGUGUUCUCUCUUGUUAGACAGGCCUGUGUGCGUAGUCUCAGUUGUGAGGUUUGUCCCGGCAGAGAAGGUCCAAUAUUCUUUGGGGAUGAUCAACGUGGCCAUGUGCUGAGUCACACCUUCUUCAUCAAAGACAGCCAGGCUAGAGGCUUCCAGCGCUGGUACAGCAUACUAGUCGUAAUGAUGGACAAAGUUUAUCUACUGAACUCAUGGCCUUUCCUUGUUAAACAUGUACGGACUGUCAUAGAUGAACUACAGGCCAAAGCUGCCAAAGUGUAUGACACAGAACAAGCAAAGUGUCCACAAAGGGCUCAUAGGUUGAACAACUUAAGUCUUAAUGCAACCCCAUUGAGCUUUAGACUGCAGAGGGGAGCUAACAAGGCAGCAAGGUCCCUCAUAGAACUAAUAAAUGACAAAGAGGUGUUCAAAUCUCUCCAUUUGUCAUUUACAUGGAUACUGAAGGCUGGAGGGAACAGAAUGACUGAGCGGCUCCUUGAGGGACCCCCUACGGAGGAUUCUAUUAUUGACCUAGAAAGUCAAGAAGAAACUGAAGAAGGUUUCACCCUGGUUGUUACAAAGAAAGUCUCCACAGAAUCAGUGCCCCCUAUUGAAGAACUCCAGUCUCUAGAAAUUAGUCUUCCUACAUCAGAGCCAUCUUUUGAAGACAACAAACAUGAACCACAAAUUACAAAUCUCAGACAUUUAGCAAAGGUACUUGGUGGUGCUAGGAUGCAUGUAUUGGCUUACCAUGUUGUCAUAGGCAACCAGGUUAUUGUUAGGGGGAAGAAUAAAAUUUUGGUGAAGUCCAUCAUCACAGCAUUAAAAACAUUGGUGCCUCGAGGCUGCUGUAGGACUGAGCCAUAUUCAGACACUUAUUUGGAAUCCUGGAAAUGUAAUUUCCUAGGACUAUCCCCUGAUAUUAAUAUUCCUAAUCACAUCAAGAACACAGAACAAUAUGUCAUGUUGGACAUACUAGAACAUAGUCAAGAUAAAGACAGUGAUUUAAGAAUGCUACCAGGAUAUGACUUCAACCUCACUGCAUCAUCUGUUUUACCUGAGAAAGUUCCAACAGUUCUUACAAAGAUGGAGCUAGCGUUGAGUAAUGAGAACUUCACUGAUAGUGUUGUGGAUGAAUGUUUGACAUGUCUGAAAGAGGAAUGGAUGAAUAAAGUGAAGGUGAUGUUCAAGUUUACAAAAGCUGGAGGAAACAGAACUCAAAGUGAAACACAGAAAAUGCUGAAUGUCCUAAAGGCGAAUGAUGAAGAUCAAGCUGUCUUGAGAUAUUGGAUGACUGGACUUAGUGUACAAUAUAGAACUCAUAUGUUAGCAGCUUCAAUGAACCAAGUCAGCCAAUCCACAUUAACUUGAUCUGAUUGUGGAAAAUAUAUGGAGACUGACAGGCACAACAGGACACAUGGGCAAAAAAAUCUCAAACUUUUCUCAUGAUUUUGAAAGAUAUUUUGAAUUUUCCAACCCUCUGAUUAUUCCUAUCACUUCGUUCAAUAGGAGCCAGGACGCAUAUAGAUGGCAGUUCACUCAUUUUCUCUCAUUGGUUAUUCUGCACAUCUGUCCCAUUGGUUUAUGUGUA